AUGGAGCGCACUUAUAUCAUGAUCAAGCCUGACGGCGUCCAGCGUGGGCUUAUCGGAGAAAUCAUCAAGCGCUUCGAGGCCAAAGGUUUCAAGCUCGUUGCCAUGAAGCUAACUGCCCCGGGCAAAGAGCACCUUGAGAAGCACUACGAAGACUUAAAGGACAAGAAAUUCUUUCCUGGUCUUAUUGCGUACAUGACUUCUGGCCCUGUCUGUGCCAUGGUCUGGGAGGGAAAAGGAGCUGUCAAAGAAGGACGCAAAAUGCUGGGUGCCACCAUGCCCAGCGAAUCCGCGAUGGGAACCAUUCGAGGUGACUUUUGCAUCGAGGUCGGCAGAAACAUUUGCCACGGAAGUGAUGCCGUUGAGUCCGCGAAUGCUGAAAUCGCCCUAUGGUUUCCAGAAGGCGUUUGCGACUGGGAGAGCGCUUCUCAGCCUUGGGUCUAUGAGUAG